AUGGCAACGCCUCUGUAUCUUCUCUUUAAGAAAUCGAUUGCAGAAGAAACCAUCCCAGAAGACUGGAGACGUGCAAAGGUUGUUCCUAUCUCUAAGAAAGGAUCCAAGAGCCAAGCUGGAAACUACCGCCCAAUAAGCCUUACCAGUGUUCCAUGCAAAGUGAUGGAGUCCUUAGUUAGAGACUCAAUUCUCAGCCAUAUCUCAAGGUAUGAGCUCUUAUCCAAAGACCAACACGGAUUUACCUCUGGUAGGUCAUGCAUGACAAACCUUCUUGACACCCUGGAGGACAUCACUAAAGACUUAGUAAGAGCUUGGAUGAAGACUGUGGAGUGGAUGUGA